AUGGUUACAGACAUGAGAAGCAGGAUGAGUUUAUAUGUUGUUGGGUUGUCUUGUCAGUCAAGAAAAGAAGGCAAGAAAGCUAUGCUGAUACGGGAUGUUGACCCAGCAAGAUUUACGAUCCAUGUAAAACAAGUUAAGGAGGAUAAGCUGAAGGAUAGAGAAGAGUUUAAGAAUAAGAGGGCUAAGACAUCAAAGGACGAGUUCAGGCAGCAAAAGAGUGAUGCCAACCGGUCAUCCCUCCCACAGAAACAGAAGGGACCUGCUCUACCAUCUGCUACUGCACCUGCACCUAAGAACAAAUCUGAGUACAAUAGUAAUUCCUAUAGUUUCAGAGCUAAACCUGUCUAUCCUCAAGGCAGUAUGGUACCAAGGGGUAGUAAGGCUCCUGCAUGUGCUAGGUGUGGUAGGAAACACCAAGGUAACUGUCGUUAUGGUCAGACAAGUUGCUUCAAGUGCGGGCAAAAGGGUCACUUUAUGAGGGAGUGUCCCGAGAUCAUUCAAGGUAAUGGUAAUAGGGGCAACAAGGCCCAACCUUCUUUAAUUGAUCCACCAAACAGAGUUGCACCUCAAGGAGAUACUUCAGGUACUGGCAGGGAAACAAACCCUUUUUUUGCUAGUUGUCAAGAGCAAAAGGAUUCACUAGAUGUUGUCAAUGGUAUAAUCGAAGUCUUUGACUUUACUAUUUAUGCUUUGCUAGACCUAGAAGCGAGUUCAUCAGAUUCCAAAUGA